AUAAAGACAGAUGUCAAUAUUAAUACGCUUGUGCUGCGCCUCUUGUAUGGUAUUGUUUUGUUAUUAGUUGUGCGAUUUGGAGUUUUAGUUUAGGAUAAUAAGAAGAAUUGAACACAAUGAAUCAGGCAAUUUCCGUAGAAAAUCUCAACCUGGCUCUCACUUCUCUCAGAACACUGAGGCUAAGUGUAAGUCAUGUGUUCGAAACUCUCGCAAAUGGUCUCCGAGCCGACCAUGGUGAAGACGGCAAGGAGAAGUUUCUUCUGGAGCUGCAGGAACUGCUCAACAGUGUAAAUAUCAAUUUGAGAGAUUUAGAACAAACAGUCACUAGUCUCCCAAUACCGACCACACCGUUCAAUUUGGGUAAUACGACUUUCCUUAGCCAAGAAACCACUCAGGAGCGACAGGCAUUGUACACUCAACUGGUGAACAGUUACAAAUGGACGGAUAAAAUUCAUGAAUACAGUUCGUUCGCGCAUACACUGCUCAGUCAAAACUCGUUGAAACGCUCAUAUAUAAACUCUGGCAGUACGAAACGCCGUGGGAAACUUCAGAGCAACCACAAUGUGGCACCUCUCCAAGUCGAUAAUGUCAUUAAUAAUAUAGAUAGAUCAUACAGUGAUAUGAAGAUAACUAUAUCCCGUCCUUUUGCAAGUAAUGCUGUAGUCCAGAUUAAUCUGAGUCAUGUUUUGAAAGCAGUUGUUGCAUUUAAGGGUUUGCUGAUGGAGUGGGUUAUGGUUAAAGGCUAUGGCGAGACCUUGGACUUGUGGACAGAGUCCCGGCAUCAUGUAUUCCGGAAAGUCACUGAGAAUGCUCAUGCAGCAAUGUUGCAUUUCUACUCACCAACAUUACCAGAAUUAGCUGUACGAUCAUUUAUGACAUGGUUGCAUAGUUAUGUGAAUCUGUUCAGUGAGACGUGCAAGAGAUGUGGCUGUCAUCUACAUCACACAUCGUUGCUGCCUCCGGCAUGGCGAGACUUUCGCACUUUAGAGCCGUUCCAUGAUGAGUGCAAGCAAUAGUCAUUGUGGUAUUGAAUGAGAAAGUGCAUAAAACCGCUUUUAUGCACUUUCUCCUUCAAUAGCCACAUCAAAUUGAAAGACAAUCUAGUGUAACAAUUGGGGAAUGAUGUAAUUUUUUAUAUAGUUGUAUUUUUGUACUAUAGUAUAUCAUUAUAAUAGGAUAUGUGAUUUUAGAUAUUCGUCAUUCAUUGUUCUACAGGCAUAAUUAAAGUUUUAGGAUGUA